GUAGGCGAUUCUCCGAAGAUAACAGUGCGCCCUCCUUCACGACUGUACGUAUCAGACUAUUCCUUCAUUUUUUAUGUCAGUCCGAGUUUUUAAAUUAAAUAAAAAUCUUUUAGUCUCGUGUUCAGUUUUGCUUCACCGUUAUCGGACAACCGUCGGUAUCGGCACCACAAUGAUGGCCGUCUUCCAGUAUUUUGAAAGUUCCAGUGCCCCAAAUUAUUUGCAACACAUGAUUUAACAAAUGCAUUGGAAAACUGAACGAUUGUGAUUUCGUUUUGAUCACAUAUUUGAGAACACGAUGGACUUUGAAUUACAUUAGUGCGGUACAAAGUAUUUGAAAAAUUGUACCUCUAUGGUGCUUGUUUUAGCACGUCAAGUACUGAUUCUGUAAUCUUGUGGUUGGCAAGCCAAUGUCGUUUACUGGUGUUUCACUAGCGCCUGAAUUCUAGAUAUGUUUGAUACCGGCUAUGUGAAUAGCUAUUAAUUGUACUAUAGUGUUGUUUUCCGUCAUAGUUGGCUACAAGUUAUGACUAUGUACCAGCCAAUAAAAGAGUCAAUUCAGUUGGUGACAACACCAACAAAUCGUCCUAGAUCAGUGUUAAUAAACAGUAAUAAUACCAAACUAGAAGAAUUCAUAUUGAAUAUUCACAAUAAUAUGUCACCAUUCAGAUUCAUUUUGUUUGUGAUCUCAAUUUUAUUUGGUUUUGCUGUCAUUAUUGGUGUUUUAUUUAUAGUACCAUGUGAAUGGUCUAACUGUAUUUCUUCAAAAAAUAUUAAGCUUAUUUGGUCUGAUUCUAUUUUUAUUGACAUAGAGUUAAAAGGCAGGCCAAGUACGAUUGAGUUAAAUCAGAAACUUAUACAAUUGUUAUUUAUAGUAAGAGGAUCAAUUCUCAAUAGUCAAAAUGUACCACCAAGAACAGAACGUUUACCAUCUAUUGGUGGGGGUCUUUUGCAAAUUGACGCAAUUACUGGUAAAGAAAUGUGGCGUAAACGAUUGGAUUCACUACCCGAUACAAUCGAUUGUACAUUACUAAAUAAUCAGUUCAAAGAAAAUAAAGAAGUAUACUGUAUAGUAGGAGCUUCAAAUAAAAAUAUAUUGGCUGUUAUAUCCAGCAGUAAACAUAAAGGUGAACUUGUUUGGAAGAAAAAUCGACCAGAAACAAACACUACUAAAUUAAAUAACAAAAAUGAUUUAGUUUACAUGGAAUUUCCUGUAAUUAUACCCGAUUGCAAUUCUGAUGGUGUAAAUGAAAUGGCUUUUGUGCACCAUGAAAAUAAUAUGCCUACAUUAGAUAUUUUAUCUGGAAAAAGUGGAAACAAAUUAAUGAGCAGUAUAAGUAAUGAUAAUUGUACUAAAAUGACUGAUCUUAUUUUAAAAUAUGAUAUGUCUUUAGUUUAUUUUUGUCGUAAAAAUACUGUUGUAGACUCUCUAGAAUCAAUUCCAAUUAAAACUAUGUUAAAUUGUUCUGGUGAUUGGAUACCAGAUUCUGUUCACCAAACCAAGCGAGAACAUGAUCAAAUUGAAGAAAAUCAAUAUUUGCUAACACUUGGGCCUUAUUAUCUUAAGAUCAAUAACAGCUAUUACAAUUGUCCAACCGAUUGUAUGGCAGUUGUGUAUGUCACAAAUAGUUCUAAAGAAACAGUUUGGUCUAAAAAAAUUGAUCGUUCUUAUGUAAUGAAGCCAGUAACAUUUGAACUCCGCAAUAAUAUAUCUGGAUUUGUUAUCAAAAUUUGGUCUUGGGAUAGUGAAACAAUUGAGAAUGAUAUUAAGCUCACUAACAUUGAAAAGGUUGAAUAUAUUCAAGAACAAAUUAUAGUUAUUACAUAUAAUUCAUCCAGACCUGAAGAUUUCUACAUUAAAAACAUAAGUUCGAACAGAAUUUUACAAGUAUGUGAAAAUGUGUCUAACUGUCAGCCAAAACUAGAAUAUCAAAGAUAUUCAUUAAAUGUGAUGGAUAUAGACAACGAUGGUUACAGAGAAUUAGUUUCUGUAUCGGUAACAUAUCAAUUUAUCAAUGGACUUGGUCAGUUCUACAUGAAUGAUAAACACUCACUUCAGCUUAUAUCUAAAGUUAAUGUCUAUCAAUUAGAAAGCCAACUUAUUGGACAUUUUGAAAAUUAAAUGUAUGUUUGAAUUGAUUUAUUGUAAGAAUCUGUUAGCUAAAAUAUAUGUUCCCUAGUUUUCGUAACAUAAUUAUAAAUGAGAUUAGGGGUGAACAGAUAUUUUAUCUGCAGUUUCAUCCUUGUCAAAAAAUUGAGUUUACAAAUUACAGACAUUUUGUCCUUGGCAUAAUA